UGGGCAGGAAUGAAGAUGUAUGCUACUCAGUUUAAAGGCAAUUCAUUGGAUAUCAGAGAAUCACGUAUUAGCCAAUCGACUCCCGAAACCUUUUCACGUGACUCAAACGUAAUCACGCCCUGGCCGCCAUCAUUGUUAGUGGCACUGAAGCUCGUGUGGUGGGGGAAAAAAAAAAAGCUGGCACUGUAGCGCGUGUUUGUGAAUCGUGGACACGCAGUCCGAGUGUCACUGAGAGUUGCCGAGACAGCAGCUAUGGUUCAGACUUGCUCGGCUUACGGCUGUAAAAACCGUUAUCACAAAGAUAAAGACAUCUCCUUCCACAAGUUUCCCCUUGCACGUCCGGACAUCUGUGGUAAAUGGGUGGCAGCAAUGAGGAGGAACAAUUUCAAGCCAACCAAGUACAGCAAUAUCUGUUCACAGCACUUCACUAAAGAGUGCUUCAAGAGAGAGUGCAACAACCGGGUCCUGAAGGAGAACGCCGUGCCUUCGCUUUUUGACUUCAACGCUGACAUCAAGGUAAAGCAGUCAGAAUGUCUGGAAGAUCCCUUCCCCUCCGAGAUCCACUUUCCCCUCUCCUUUCCCCUGACCUCUGACCCCGUCAUGGAGGAGGUGGAGUCCGAGCCUGUAAGGAGUCCACCUGAUAUCCCCGGUGACACAGUGAUGGUCUCCUGCGACCAUAAUUACACAGCGGAAGACUCCGCGCGGCAGAAGAAGCGCAUCCAGCAGUUGGAGGAGCAGCUGGAGCUACUGAGGAAGAAGCUGAAAACGACACAGCAGAAGUGUCGCCGUCAGGAGAGACAGCUCAAAAGUCUGAGGGUCUCUUGCAAGACCGGCAGGACAGCGCGCGACGCACCGACUGCGUUCAGCGAGGGCUACGUCAUUUUACCAAAACACAUCUACCACACGCUCAAAGGCAUCGAGUAACAGGACGAAGGCCACAAGUUGACUAAACUGUACUGUUGAUCUUGAACGGUUGGUGGAGCUGUUGAAUAAAGCAGCGAGGCGCCGUGCUGUCGGCGGAACCAACGUGG